UUCUUCGUGUGACUUCACCACUUUCUCAUCUCCCACAAAAAAUGGCUCUCUCACUUCUUUCAGUCUUUAUCUUUUUCCAUGUCUUUACCAAUGUUGUUUUUGCUGCUUCAAAUGAGGAAUCCAAGGCAUUAGUUUCUUUACCAACGCCAACUCUUCCAUCGCCAUCUCCGGCUAUCAAACCACCGUCGCCAGCUCUCAAACCGCCGACGCCGUCGUACAAGCCACCCACGCUGCCAACUACUCCUAUUAAACCACCUACCACAAAACCUCCGGUCAAACCUCCCACCACGCCGGUUACACCAACAAAACCUCCGGUUUCAACUCCUCCGAUCAAAUCACCGCCGGUACAACCACCUACUACCUGUCAAACCUCCGACGACACCACCUCCCGUAAGAACUCGGAUAGAUUGCGUGCCUUUAUGUGGGACGAGGUGUGGGCUACACUCGAGGAAGAACGUAUGUAUGAGAGCGUGCGUCACGUGCUGCUACCGCUGCAAGUGUGUUCCUCCUGGCACGUACGAUCUGUUUCAGCUCACGCCAUGGAGUCUUCUUCUUCUUCACUAAAAUGUUCUGCACUUGGGAAGCUUGUGUUGAGCUCUGGUCUCUUACACAGCUCAUGGAGUAAGAUCUCGGAGAUACAUAAAUCACCCUACUCGAAUCAAGAUUCAGGUCUUGGAAUCAAGAUUUACCGAGAAGAGAAAUUCACACUUGUGGUUUUUGUCGCACCACCGAUUUUCACAAGUAGCUCUGAUUCUACUCUUCUUCCUGGGAAAGAAAAUGAAAAUCCGUUCCCAUUCCUCUGCUCCGAGAAUAACCCUUCAUUCUCUCUUCACACACCUGCUUUUAAACUUUUUACCUCUGCUUAUAAGAGUCUCACUUACCUCAAAUCAGAGUUGCUCCAAACGCUUGAGUCUGAGAAACCGGUGAUCAUCACUGGAGCUUCGUUAGGAGGGUCCGUUGCAUCUCUCUAUACGCUAUGGCUUCUAGAUACUAUCGACCCCAAGUUAAAACGCCCCUUAUGCAUCACAUUUGGCUCGCCAUUGAUUGGAGACGUUUCUCUUCAACAGAUUCUUGAGAAUUCUGUGAGGAAUUCAUGUUUCCUUCACGUGGUAGCAGCACAAACUCGCAUCAGAAUGGAUUUCUUCAAACCUUUUGGAACGUUUUUGAUCUGUUUUGAUUCCAGAUGUGUUUGCAUCGAGGACCCUGUGGCGGUCACAGAGUUGCUAAACGGUGUUCAUGAUUCGGAACAAGUAGACUACGGCCAGGUUCUACGUCGUCUUGACCAAUCCAUGUUGUCUAUGGCGGAUUCAAGAUUGAUCCCUGAGGCUGUUAUCAAAGGAAUGGAGGAACGUGCGGAAAUGAAAACUCUGCGAUUUGAUAUGUUUAAGAAGUUAAACGACAUGAAGAUAUCGAUGGCGUAUAUAGAGUGGUACAAAAAGAAAUGCAGGGACGUCAAGAUCGGUUACUACGAUCGGUUCAAGACUCAACUCGCGUUCCCGUCUAAGGAGUUCGAUAUAAAAAUCAAGAAUCACAAAAUAGAGCUAAACCGUUACUGGAAAUCAGUGGUUGAAGAAGUAGAGAAGAAGCCGCAGAGCGAUAUAUCGAUUCUCAAGAGACGGUUUCUAUUCUCCGGGAACAAUUACAGACGGAUGAUUGAACCGCUCGAUAUUGCUGAAUAUUACCUCGAGGGUCGGAAAGAGUAUCGAACCUCGGGAAGGUCUCGCCAAUAUGUUAUGCUCGAGAAAUGGUUUGGAAUGGAACCCAUAGAAAAGGAAAGACGCAAAAACAGAGAUUUGAGUGAUCUUUUAACGUUUGAUUCUUGUUUUUGGGCUGACGUUGAGGAAUCGUUGAUUGUAAUUAAUCAGCUGAAUACAACCGUGGGGGUGAGAGACGAUGCGAGAGAGGUAUUAUUGACUAGAAAACUCGUGGAGUUUGAGGAGUACGUGUGGGAGAUGAUCAGAAAACGUGAGGUUUCGCCGGAGAUUUUCUUAGAGAAAAGCAGUUUCAUGAAGUGGUGGAAAGAGUACAAAAAGAUCAAAGGCUUUAAUUCUCCACCUUCAUACUUCACCGAGUUUAUGAACACCGGGAAGUACAAGAGUUAUGGUCAGUCACAAUAAUGGAAAAACUUAGUAAUUUAUUUACUUUUCAGGCUAGUUAUGUGUGAUUGUUAUUGUUCAUUUAUAAAGACAAAAGUGUGUCAUUUUGAGAGUAACAAAAGCGAAAUAAAAUAAAGUUAUUGAU